CUGCUCGAGACCGCUCCCCGCUCCUCCUGACCCGCAUUCACCCGUACUGUACAGGCAUGGGGGAGGACCGAGCUUAGAAAGCGAGUAAACGCUGUAGAGUUUCCCCUCUGCACACCGUGGCCAUGACUUUGGCAGUCCCGGGCGGCGGCAGCGGCUCUCCCGUCUCCACGCACCUGAUAGCGGACUGAAAGGGGGAAGCUAACACCGGGGAGAGGCUUUAGCAGACGCCGACCGAGACGAUUUUCCAGACGGGUGUCAGAACUGUUCAUCUAUUUCAAGGAAGACGCUCUGCCACCUAAUGUUUUUGCCAACAAAGAAGACUGGGCUUCAUCUUCAAAGCACCAGGUGGAACCCCUGAAGAAACCUACCUGUUGUCAUUCAGAGGCAGAGCCAAGAAUUAACUCCUUUCCAGAUGGACACUGGCAAACCACCAGCAUUGUUUUUCAGAGAACAGAAGAGAGAAAAAUAUAUUUAAGAUUGAUACAGCACAGUUUUACCUCCCGCCAUCUUGCUCCGAUCCAGUCAUAGAGAAACACUUCUGCUUUCUACCUCCUAGAGAAAUAGAAAAGGAAGAAAAUAGCAAUUUAUUAUCCGUUAUCAGUUCCUUCUUUUUCUUCUCUACGUGCAGCAUUUUUCCAUUUUACCUCAGGGAUUUUCUCCCACUGCCUACCUCCGCCACCGAAACAGCCAACUGACUGGAACACGGAGAGCAAAAAACACACCCGUGACAUCUCACUGUUGUUACCGUGACAACCUGUAUUGCCUCUCAAGCUCUCCUUUCUGCAACCGUGACAACCAGCAAUGACCUUGGACCUCAUACCACCUGCCAGCUCUGUCCUGCUCCCUGCCUAAAUUGUACUGACCCGUGCUAGCCUGGACCUGGAGCCUAGUUAUUACCGGAAGGAACGAGGGCAGCAGCUCCACUCCAACAAUCCCCUAACCCUCCUGUACGGCAUACCUGGCAGGCAACUAUAUACCUCAGCAAACACAGCUUCUACAUAGACGCUCUGUCAAGGAAAUAGAAAGGAACUGCAACAGCAUUCACUUUUCUGGUGCUUUAAUCUGCCCAGCAGGUACCACAUGCUCAGUAGUCUGGUGCUUCAAUCUACCCAGCAGACAACUCACUCUGGCAUCUUCCACUCGCCUCAGAGGCAAGACUAUAGCAACAGUAGCCAGGGAGGCCUCCAGAGAAGCAAGGCGAGAGACUCAGGAGUACCGCCUGGCAGGAAACUUUGCUUCAUUCUCUCCACAGGAAAGUCACAUCACACAUAAGCCUCACCGUCCAAGCGGUAGCAUAAAUCAGCAGAUUGCCCACAGGGGCCUGCAGAAGUUUCCUCUUUACCUUGAGUUUACUCUUCACCUCGUGGAGCCUCCAGAGUAGUAAAGCUAUCCAAGGAGCUGGAGAAGUUCUUGGGAGCCUCAUCUGCUUUUCCUACUCUGCUGGCAAGACACAAAGGAUAAAGAAGUUUCUGGCAGAUUUAACGCAGAGCUUUAUACACCCUGGAACACACAAAGAGUAAACACUGAGAAGAUCCAUAUUGUGCGGCGACGACAAGCAAAGGAGGGACAGAAGCAGAACGAGUCAAGAAGAAUGCAAUGCUUUCUCUCCGUCCCAUCGUGCUCCUUCCAGCCAAUCGCUGCCCUCACUCUCAGAUGGUGGACUACUGAACGGGCUGCCGGCGAAUGCUGAGCAGGCUGGCGCACUCGGGGUCCGCCUCAUUGUCCUGUGAUUGGCUGCUGGACGGGACUGAGGCCCAAUGGAACCAAUGUCCAACAAGCAGGAUAGCAAUUCAUCGGAGGGAGACGAGAAAGGGUGGCCAGAUGUGCCGAAGAGAAAGAGGAAGAACAGCCAGUGUUCGGUGAAGAGCAUGUCAGCUCUUAGCGUCUCUGUUCCAGGGUAUAUCCCCAGCUACCUGGAGAAGGACGAGCCGUGCGUGGUGUGCGGAGACAAAGCGACCGGCUACCACUACCGCUGCAUCACCUGCGAGGGCUGCAAGGGUUUCUUCCGCAGGACCAUCCAGAAGAACCUCCAUCCAUCCUACUCUUGUAAAUAUGAAGGCUGUUGCAUCAUCGACAAGAUCACCCGCAACCAGUGCCAGCUGUGCCGCUUCAAGAAGUGCAUCUCUGUGGGCAUGGCCAUGGACUUGGUGUUGGACGAGAGCAAGCGUGUGGCCAAACGGCGUCUGAUCGAGGAGAACCGAGAGAAGAGGAAGAGGGAGGAGAUGGUGAAAACGCUACAGGUUCGGCCGGAGCCGGACACGGCAGAGUGGGAGCUGAUCAGGAUGGUGACCGAGGCCCACCGGCACACCAACGCCCAGGGCUCCAGCUGGAAACAGAAGCGCAAGUUCAUGCCGGAUGAUAUCGGCCAGGGUCCGAUGGUGCCCACUUCAGACGGAGAUAAGGUGGACCUGGAAGCCUUCAGCGAGUUCACCAAGAUCAUGACCCCCGCCAUCACUCGCGUCGUCGACUUUGCCAAGAAGUUGCCGAUGUUUUCAGAGCUGCCUUGUGAAGACCAGAUCAUCUUGCUGAAGGGUUGCUGCAUGGAGAUCAUGUCGCUGCGUGCAGCCGUUCGCUACGACCCCGACAGCGAGACGCUAACGCUAAACGGCGAGAUGGCGGUAAAACGCGAGCAACUGAAAAACGGCGGGUUGGGCGUGGUGUCGGACGCCAUCUUUGAUCUGGGCAAGAGCCUGGCGCAGUUUAACUUAGAUGACUCGGAGGUAGCACUUAUGCAGGCUGUGCUGCUCAUGAGCUCAGACCGUUCAGGGCUGACCAGUGUGGAGAAGAUCGAACAGUGCCAAGAGUCCUACCUGCUGGCAUUCGAGCACUACAUCAACUACCGCAAGCACAACAUUCCCCACUUCUGGCCCAAGCUGCUGAUGAAGGUGACGGACCUGCGCAUGAUCGGGGCGUGCCACGCCAGCCGCUUCCUCCACAUGAAGGUGGAGUGUCCCAACGAACUGUUUCCCCCGCUCUUCCUGGAGGUCUUUGAGGACCAGGACGUUUGACUUUACCUCGCCCCCUAAAAGGACACAUUAGUGGCGGCGUUGGUAGAAGAGGAAGUGUAGGUGAAGGACAAGAGGAGAAGAAAAACUGGAUUUUUAUUUUUUCUUCGGUGAGAUUGUGCCCUGUAAACUCAAUUUUUUUUCUUUUUUUGGCCCUUUUUUUUCUUUUUUCUUUUCGUCAAACACUCAGAAGACCUACCGCCUGCCACCAGCAAAUACACAUCAACAUCAUCCGACAGAAACACACUGGCAAUCUGGCUAUGCCUUCUGUCAUUCAGAGAGGUGCACACACACACACACACACACACACACAGAGUACAAGAAUUGUAAAGGUUUAUAUAGAUCUUCAGAGAUUUAAAACACACUGCCAUAAAAGUAGAGUCUAUCUAUAUGCAAACAUAAAUCACAUCUAUUCACUCUUUUAGCACCUGUACGGACAAACAGCUAUAAUGUUCCCGCAACUAAUGCAAACUGAGGGGCUUGGUUUUGUGUCUACUAGCUGCACACCCACCAACACCUCAGACAAGUGUCAUUUUAUUUAAUCUCUGGGACAUGACCAUUAACUCCUCAGACAACCCCACCCCUCCAAACUCCCGCCUCCCUUGCAUCUCCUUGACUGAAAUGCGUCGUUCGUCUGCGCUUGCAGCCCAAACCCUCAUGGCUCUGUGAGUGUUCGUCAACCUACCUCCCUCACGUACUGACCUCUCUCUUGUUCCGUCUCGUGUACACACAGAGACACAUGCAAACACACGCGAUGUACAUGUACAAAACCCAGCCCUACACUAUUACCUCAUGCCUAGUAAAGUGUGUUUCCUCAUUUAUUGUCUGGGUGGUGGUAGUUUCACUAGAAAACAUGGAGCCACACAGUUCUCAGUUACCAAUGUACCUCUCUGCUAGUAGACAAUAGAGUGGAAACAUUUCUUAUGCAGUCCUGAUCUAUAAUGUAUUAUUUAGACACACGUAUGUCUUCUAACUGCAGUCACAGGUAUUAUUAUUAUGGAUUAAAGGUUACAAGAGGUCAUGAACAUUGUGGUGCUUUCUGUGAUCACUGAAGAGGGAAUGUAGUUACAUCAGUGCUUGUCUGCUAAAAGAAAGCAAGUAUUGAUAUCCAGCUUACGUCCAAUAUUCUGAGAAAUGUUGUUUCUUGCUCAAAGUUGGAUGAGAAGUUUGGUGUUACUCAUGCCUGUAUGGGUAAAUAGAAUAGAAGUUAAAUGCCAGACUAUUUGUCAGUCUGGUGCAGUAGCAUUUGAUUAUCUUUGGACAGAGUCAGGAAACUCCUUUCCCCACUUUGAAUUUUGAAUUAAGCUAAUGGCUUUAAUUACGGAACAGACAGAUUAAAAAAAAUCAUAUCAAUCUUCUCACUAAACUCUUGCCAACAAAGCAAUUAGGCAUGAAUCCCAGAAUGCUGAACAUGGUUCCAAAGUAAUAUAUUUUAACAGCUAUUUGAUUAAUUUCCAUUAAAUCCUCCCAGUGGAUGGACUCUAUCUUUUCAUCAGGUCAGAAUUUAACUUCCUUCAAUACUUAGAGCUACCUUAAAAACCUAUUCCUAUUAACCUCAGCCAUGCUUGGUGCUUAGAGCUAACUGUGGGCGCUAAGCGUUUGUCCCCCUCAGACAGGCUCUUCGGGUCAUUUUUUUCACCACUCUGCGGAUAUAGCGUUGAUAGCAGCAGCUGUUUUUAGCAACGACGCUCUAAACCUAUAAGUAUACUUGCUGAAAAUGUUAGCAGUAUAAGAAUAUUUCCUUCAGGAGGUGGUGGAGACCAACACUGGCCUCAAACAGAAUUAUGAUUGGACUCAAAAACACUACUUUAAAUCAAUGCGUUGUUAAGUCAUUGCUGGAUGUAGUUCCAUUCCUGUUCUGUUUCUGCAGCUCCUUUCUGCUGCCCCCAAGUGGCCAAAAAAUCAAUUAAAUGAAGUUUCUGCUGUGGCUUUUUGCAAUCAGGAUAAUCCGAAGUUGAGUUUGAAUAGUCAAUAUUACAUCCUAUGUCUUUUCCUAAACAUUUUUUUCGUUGACCUCAAUGAAAAAGUCACGAGAUCAAGAAAAGACAAUUAGGAUAAUUCAUGAGAACGUAAGAAAAGACAACCACGGUGCUAAAAUAAUCUGACGGCCCUUUCGUUAGGGUGUGUCAUCGUGUUGCGGUGGAUAGUGUGUCGCUUUGAAUGUUGUGGCUGUAAGGAAUUGUGUGGAUUUUCUUAAAGGAAGGUCUACUGUAUCCUAUGCUAAAGGAGAUAAGAAAGGAACCACUGAAGAAGCUUUCCUUGCAUUUAGAGAAUUAGAGCAGCUCUUAUCAUAGCUGCAUCUCACAUACUUCCAGGUCUUUUCACUCAGUUGAGUCUUCCUCAGCGAAUAAAAGACUAUUUGACCUCAAACAGUGUAUGUUAUCCACCUUCUCUGUGCUAAACAGUGAGAGGUAAGAUAGAAAUUCUGUCGUAAUCGCAUUCCUAAUUUAAUGUUUACAGAAAGCACUGGUUAGAACAUCUUAUACUUUUGCAUCUGAAAAUGAAAAAAUCUAUCAUAUUGUUAUUAUAAUAACUAUAGCUUAGAACAGAACAUCUACUUAUAUUUAUAUAUAGCUGAAAUACCUCACACAUACCUCCUGUUUUCAUUACCUCACACUCACCCAUUCAGUUGUUUUCUGAAGUAUUACCUCAUUUGUUUUGUUGCUUAUCUCGUCGUCGUCCUGAAUAACCGUGUCAGUGUGCAUGUCUUUCACUGCUAAUCGCGCCGUAGUUCCACCUGCUCAGCUCUCCUCCGUCUUGUGAUAGGUUCAGCACUAGCACUUGGUGGUGGGAGAGGAUGGUGGUACCUACCUCUCCAGGCCUAACCCCCCCUCCGUCGCCUGCAUUCAUUUCAAGUCCCGCCUGAAACCGACAGAUUCUACCUCACCUCUCAUCUCAGAGCAGCUGCCCCUCUGUCUGCAACACACACACACACAGAUACAUGAAUAUACAGUAUAUAUGUACACGGUGCACAAAUAAAUGCCAGCAUGGACCCACUGAGAGUGCUGCUCCUCCAACAGCGAGCAGCGAGUCUUUUAAACGGGCCAUGGAUCAACUACCGACGGCUGACAAGGCAGUUUUUGUAAUUUUCUCCCUUUUUGUCAUUUUUAUCACACACCACUGGGGACCAAGAGUCACUCUGAGUUCUGUUUUUAUUUGGGAACCUGAAAUGACAACGAGGGCAGAGGUGAAUACGUGACAUUACUGUGUGCCGAUUGAACUUACAGGUAACUGUCAGGGGAGAACGACAGCUGGAAGCUGGGACUCCAGUUGAAGCCAUUUUGGCCCUUUUGGGUCAGGCCAACUCUUGUGGGUGGUGACUGGGAGGUAAAUAAACAACAAGUGAAUCAGCAGUAUUUGCCUGUGGAUACGGUUUCAUCCCGGUCGAGGUGAGGGGAACGGCAAGCGUGCAGCGGUGGCGAUGAGUCCAGGCUGAGCCACGGGAAAACCUCGCGCAGAUUUAUGGCCCCGAUAAUACAUCUUCAGAUCCUUCCCUCGCAGCAGUCGCAGCAGAGACGGACGAGCUCUCUAAAGACUUCCUCAGCGACUGUCCUAUCCCAGAAACUUACAACGUGAAUUAAUCACUGCUGAAAAGAUCUCCACCAAGCAUAUCCCAAAAUGCCAUCCACUACAAAUAAUUAUCAGGUUUUUUUAUGUUGCACUAAAAAACACAAUGUCUGUAUCCCUUAGUAGCCCUGAAUUCCUUCCUCUAUCCCUUCCCCCAACAUCUGUCCUGUUCCUGCCUGUCUGUAGCAGUCUUAACAAUAUUCUCUCAGACACAUAAACACACACACACGGUCCGUUAUCUGUUGAUUACCUGUUGAAACAUGCCAGGACUGUGACAUGGCCUUUAGGCGUCGCCACUCUCAGUGUUACUAAUCUAUGUUACAGGGUAUUUCAGUAGAACGUGCUGAUUACACAGGGAUAAGCGCACACACACACACACACACACACACACACACACACACACACACACACACACACACACAGCAAUAGGUUGAUCGAGCUGUACAGGUUCACGCCGGCCGUCUCCUGGCUUGCUGUGUUUGUACUCCGCUCACUAUCACUGUGAAUGAAAGAGCCAUGCUGCAACCAGGUCAUGGCUCAGACAGGGAACUGAUGGCUUAGUAAUUCAUACUCGUCAAUGUGCCUCACAGAGGUCGGUAAUACAGACAUUCACAUACAGUAUAUAGAAGCAUAUAUUUAUAGAUAUGGAGUAUAUAUACAGAUAUAUAUAUAUAUAUAUAAAAAUGUUACAUGUGGCAUUAGAGCUAUCAGUGGCUGAAUUUACGCUGCCAGCUCCAAUCGGAUCAUGAAUCUGUCUGACCAAUCAUGUAGCAGAGGGUGUCAGAAGUCACUGUACUCAGCUGUAAUAUAAUAUCUAUAAUAUUUAUGUUUUAUUUUCAGAUAAUAUGAUGCAUUCUAAUGCUCGUUUGCCUUGUGGUGAUCACCAACUACCCUUCAUAGUCCACCCACCUUUUGCAUACUCCUAGAUGACUUCACUUCUGCAUCUCUUUUUUCCUGUUCAGAGACCGUAGAGAUGAGGUCAGCGUCGUGAUUUGUGAUCUGGAUUGGAGCUGGCAGCACAGCCUCUCUGUCUCUCUCUUUCUCAGCCAAAUGAUCACCGGAGAAAUCCUCUCCCUGUCCUCUUAAAAGAAACACACCAGCACCACAGAGCACACUGCCUUCAGCCAUGAUCAGUUGCACCAGCAUAGUAGAGAGACAGCAACCAUCCUCCUCACCGAAAAGCCAUUAUACCUGGACAUCAAUGCCAUCACACUGCUAUGUUCAGACAGCAGGCAGUUCCAGUUAGUUCUGUAAAUCUGGUCUGUUAACAGUGACAUUUUUAAUGGACUAGGUUGGACAGUACACUCAUUUACUGACUAUGUGACCUUGUCGUCACAGUAACACGGCACAGGAGCAUGUUAUCCGCUAGACAACUCAAGAUGCCGCAACAAACUAGUGCGUAUUCUAACUUCUCUGGCUUCAUAACCUCCUUGCCCUGCGUUCAUGAGAGAGGAAUUCAAGAAACCUUCUCCUUUAUUUCCUAAAAUGAUUAUCAAAACUCAAAAUAGGAAAUGUUAUUUGCUCUGCAUGCUUAAAUAUGUAAUGGCAAUUUUACAGUAUAAGCAGCAUUGAAAUGCCUCCAGCUGUCAGAGCCACAGAGUCAAAAACUAUUUUUCUUGUGGCAAUAAAGCAUUGUUUGAAAUAAGCAGCAUUGCUGAGGCCGUUAGGAGUUGCCUCAAAAGUUGUGCUCUGUAUGACUACCCUGUUUCCCUUUCAAUAAACCACAAAGUCUCCGUCUUUUCCACACCGUGACCACAGAAGUGUGUUUUCUCUCUCAGUCUCUUAGAUUAAAGUUAGGGUUAUGUUACGUUUACAACAAACUAAAAUGUGAACUUCAUGUGAAGCUUUGCCUCUGCAGCAUGGCACGAAACUCUAACAACCACACUGAAACAGUACAACUACUGCUUUUAUUACUUACCCAGGGAAAACAUCUGUCAGUCAACAUCCUCACAUCUGCGUUCCCCCGUCCUUCGAUCUACGCCCCCCUAAACCUCGCGUUCCCAUUCUAGUCUCCUGUUUUUUCAGUCUUCCUCCUGAUUUACACCCUGAACUCCUUUUUCUAUUUAUUUCACUCUCUCCUCUCAGUGUGCACCUCCUUCCUUUCCCGCACACUCAAAAUGAAACCUACCCCAACUCAUACUAGCACUCUUUGGUGGAGAAAGACGACAAUCCCUGCAGGAAUAUGUCCACAUGUGGAAUGUAAAAUACUGAAAUUGUACGAUUAAAGACACGGUGUGAAGUCCCACACUCAUGCUUGUUCUUGAUGUUGUUGAUGUUGCUUUCGUUGUGCACCAAGUGUUCGUUGUUCUGCUUAUUCUAGGGUGGAUGAGUUUUUAAGGUGGGGUUAAAACCCAGAUCGUGUGACAGACGGCUACUGAGUCCUUUUUUUAAAAAAAAAAAAAAAAACCUAUGGUAUGUUUGUAAAAGACUUGUGAUGUGAGGACUGAAAAUCUUGAGUGAUGUAAAGCAAGGGAUGAAGUGACUUUGUUUUGGGUAGAGAAAACAGCUGUUUUAUGAUUAUUCUUUCAUGUUGUUAUUAAUUUGCACCAGAUUUUCUUGGUAAGUGAAUUUCUGUCUAUCUGUGAUGAUGCUUUACUGUGAGAAUGGCUGUAUAUGCACUUUCAGACCAUCGUUGGUGCAGUGGUAGCUAGUGCUCUAACAUCAUCCAGGGCUCAGGCUUCAGUUCACCUUCAGUUCAGCUGGUAGAAAAAAAUAACUACAUGGGUCAUCCUGUUAAUACACUUUAAAAAUGAUGUUUAGGAAUAGGCCUGCUGGUCACAUUACACAUUCUAAUGAGAGUUUUGGCACAAGAGCUGUGUUCACUAGCACUUUAAUAAGCGUUGUAUUGAAAAUAUAGGCGAAUUGUAUUAUUCAAAAUAUAUGACUUUGUAUUAAAGAUUUUUCAGAAUCACCUUCAGAACAUGAAGUUAGAUUUUAUGCUUCCUGCCUUUUUGUGAGUUGGUGCUUGUAAUAAGCUGAGACAUUAAAAUAUUCCCCACAAUAUAAUUCAUUUUAGGCCUUAAAAUCAUCUUAAUUAGUGAUGAUUAUCAUAACUUUCUCCAAGAUAUGAGAGUUUCUUUGAAUCUAGAUCUUAGUGGUAUUUAAAGGAACCACAGCUUAGCUGAUAUCUUAACUUGUAAAACGUAAACACAUGACUGUCAACCAGACUGCUGAUGAUUAGCUGUAACUAAAAUAGGAACUAAUUAUCAACUGAAUCUGCUCCCACAUUUGGGAAAUUUGUAUUUUUACAACCAAAGCACUUACAACUAACAAGCACUCACAGUUGUUGAAGAUGUUCUAGGUCUAGCAGAUAAUUUGUUAUUCAUAGACGUUUAAAUGUACAGCUAACUAGCUAGCGUUUGGGCUAAUCUGACACGAAUCCAUUUCCACUUUCAAACAACCGGCUGUUCUGCAAAGACUCGUAUUUUUAGAGGCGUUUUAGGUAUUUAAUGAACAACCAGCCACAGAGCUUCUUCAAUUCUCAUGUUUUUACAGCUCACUUCUCCCUCUCUUAUUGUGUAAGGACCAAAAUCAAACAAAAUCAUUUGAAGAAAAUUUUCAUUUUUCACUUAUAGAGUUAAAACUUUUGUAGGGGGAACUGUGCAAAAUUAUUUAACAUAAAGACAGGGAUUAAAUAUUAUGUUUCAUUUCUUGCUUUGCUCACAGAACAAAACAUUUUACUAGUGUCACUAAAUAUCGUUGCGUUUCCGGGGGUGAAACAUUAUGUUUCACUAAACACCGUUUACAAAAAAGGGAAAUCUUUCACAGGAUUCUUAAUCAUUUGUAUGGACCAUAACCUUCAAAAUCAAUCCAUGCAAUCUGCACUUUCCUUCAAAACAAUAAAUCUCAUAACAAUAAUAAUAAUAUUGGUACAACUUGAUGUACAGUUCACUAAAUGAUCAUAUAGAAUUUAAAAUGGUGUCCCAGAACUUUUUAGAAUUUUUGACUGGCCCUGCUUCCUCACUAAUAACUUUCACAUGAUCCCUUAAAGUACAUCCAGAAUUGUUUCUACAGUCAAAUCCAUGACGUCAGCUGAACUGAACGAGGUUGAACCUGGGCCCUGCUCUCCACAGUUGCUUGGGCUGUAUCACUUGCUAAGCUGAGCAUUUGCUCUUACUCCUGAUCUGGGUCAAACAAAAAAAAAAAAAGAAACACCACUCACGUCUUGAUCUCAAUCUGAAUCUGACCUCAGACCAGGGUUCAUCUUGCAAUGUAUUCUGUAGAUCUGCCGUAUAUAACUCUCAAUGUUGUGACAAGAAUAGUGCUUUUAAUGGUAAUAAGCCUCACCACACAAAAUAUAAAAGAAACACAUGAAAAAAAGUUUAAAACAUCACAAUAGAAACCAAAAAAAAAAAAAAAAAACAAAAGAUUUGUACAACUAUUCAUACCUCAUCGUACUGCUUUGCACCAGAGUAAAGGAGGGGGAGUGAUCAGUCUCAAGCAUGGACAAACAGGAGCACACCACGCUCUCAGGAUGUUUAAAAUGUGGCCCCAAAUUUUUGGGGUAAAAAUUGGUGGCUUGACAUUUUUUUUUGCUUGGAUGGUUUAGUUUGGAGCUCUUGACUGAAGCCUUUUCACAUCCCAGAAAUGUAAGCGAGACAGGAGGGAAAAAAAUGACCACUCAAAAUAUGUUGUAGAUGUUGGGUGAAUUUGGUAAAAUGCUUACAAGAUCUGUUCAGGUUAGAUACAUCAUUGUGACAAUGUUGUGGCUCAAGACAUGUUUGAAAAGUACUGCACUUACGUUGUUAAUGGCUCUACGGAUUUGAUAGCAUGAAAUAUGAAGCCAUGCUUUGAGUAUUUACUGUAUCAUCAGCUGGCAGAUAUUUAUUCCUUCUCUGUGUGUUCUGCCCUGACAAACCAAGAGGACGGAAGCUUCAUCGGGACGAGCGUGUACAGGAAGGAUGCACUGAGUCAUCUGGCCAAAUCAAACAGUUACUGCAAGCUAAAAUUACAGUCUCAUGUACUCAGCAACUGCAAACAAAGAAUCCAAAUGACACGUUAUCUUCCCCAAAUCUCCUCAAAAGCAAAUAUAGUUACACACUGCAAUUUGGAUCUAGUGUAUUUCAAACACAGGCCAGUAAAUUGUGCCUUGAACAAGAACAGUUUGGGACCUUAAGUCCCAGACGACUAUUCCCCUGAUGAGAAUGUCCUCUCUUGUUUUUGUUUGUUGCUCCCUGCAGCUCCCCUCCACGGUGACUUUAUGCGGUAGCACACAACCCGGCCCUAAUUAGCGUAUCCGAGAGACGACAUGUGAGGCCCUGCACAAGCAGUAGGCUAUUUCCUGUUUGCGAAGCAGCCAUACAUUUUUUUGGCAGAGCACAGUGUUGAAUGUAAAGCUGAAUGAGAUGUGGGUUGAAGCACCCCAGACAAGAGUUUGACGGUGUAUUUAAUAAUGCUGGUUGUGGGUUUGUAAUGGGCACGGUUGUUGUUUGUCUUGUUUUCUGUGACAAAUCAUUCAUGGCACAAUCAGAGAAUGGCAUCUCAAUGGCUCAAAGCUGUUUGUGUUUGUGGCUAUGUGAAAUUCAUUUUCAACAUUAUAAAAUUAUUUGAUAUCA